AUGGAAGAUCGCCUGGACAAGCCGAGCGAUAAGGUCACGCUGAUGGGACAAGAUGAGCAUGGCCAUGGAAACGAAAAGCGUAUGCAGAUUCUCGCUGACGACAGGGAUUUCUCCUUGCUGGAGCCGGCAUCCCGGGGAUUCUUCACCCGGCCCUUCGACAAACCUCUCCCGUGCUUUGGCUGUGGCGUUGGUUGGUUCUCGUUUCUCCUGGGGUUUGCGUUCCCUCCAUUCUGGUACUAUGCUACGGUUCUGUACUUUUGCAAUUACCAUCUCAAGGACCCAAGGGAAAGAGCUGGGCUAGCCGCAUCUGCAAUUGCAGCUUUGAUCUCGACUGUGGCUAUCCUGAUUUCUCUGCUUGCGGUGUUCUUUCCGCGUGCCUUUCACCGACAUUGA